AUGGUACUUAUUUAUACCCUGUACUUGGAAAAAGAAUUGAUUCAGUGUGUGGGCAUUCAGCUUAAUUUCUCGAAGAUGGUCAUUGUUCACUUGUUGGACGGCGAAACUGCAGUAGCCAGUCUCCUCUACCUCCAGGAGCACUAUGAAUUUGCUCUUUAUGAGGUUGUAGUGGACAAACCGGUUCAGUUGUCCACUUUUAACGACAACGUGCAUUCUGGUCAAGACGCUUUCCGACUUGGAAGAGAUGAAAGUCUUGAUCUAAGGAUAACACAUGGUAGGGUGGAAUAUAAAAUUCCAACCCGUCACGAGAGAGGUCACUACAUGUAUUUUUCCCACGAUGAGCAUAAAAGUUUGCAUGACGAUGGAGGCCCUGUCAUUGACUUAGACGGCAAGGUUGUGGGAAUGGUUCACAAUCAAUUCAAAGAGACCUUUUUACCUUCUUCUAUAUUGCACAAGUGCUUGGAUUCUUGGAGAAAGUUGAAGUGCAUCCCUCGUGCCCACCUUGGAAUGACCUUUACUCCCAUCAAGCUUCUAGAUCCUAUUUGUAUUGAGAGGAUGAGGCGUAAGCAUAACAUUGCAUCUGGUCUUCUUGUUGAACAGGUGUCAAAAGAAUCGAAUGCUGAGAAACUUGGAAUCCGCAUGGGUGAUGUUAUUGAACGCUUCAAUGGAGAGUGUAUUUCUAAUACAACUGAGUUGGAAAAGAUGUUGCUGGAUAUAGGCGGAGACCAUUUUGAUCAAGCAAAAGUCUUAAAGACCGAAACAGAUCUUCGAAUUCAAAUAUUUCGUGCCACAAAACGUUGCCGAAGAGUUAGAAAUUUGACCGUAACUGUAUCGGAUCGUGGAGAGGACAUCAUAGAAGCUCUAUCGACUGAGAGGGCUAGGGUACGCGGCUGGAUUCGGGAGGGGAGGGCGGCGGCGUGGGGCGGCGGCGGCGUGCGGCGCGGGGCGUUGGGCAGCGGGGGCGGCGGCGCGGGGCGUUGGGCGGCGGCGCAUAUCCUCCGCGGUGGCGACGACGACGACGGGUUCGGCGGUGGCUGA